AUGACGAGGAUGGGACGAUGGCACGUGGCGCUGGUCGCGCUGGCGGCGCUCCUGGGCGCGGGCGUCAGCGCCGCCGCAGAGCAGAUGCAGUCCCGCGCCGUCGAUACCGGCGUCGACCUUCGAGUGCCUGAAGACCAACCUGUAGGCACGGUUGUUGGCAGGAUUCCUACUAAACCUGGUUUCACUUACCGUUUUAAUGAGCCUCCCAAGGAGUUUGUCCUGGAUCCGGUAUCUGGUGAGAUCAAAACCAACAUGGUUCUCGAUAGGGAAACAGUAGACCGUUAUGCAUUUGUUGUGCUAUCUAGCCAACCAACUUAUCCAAUAGAAGUGCGAUUACGGGUGACAGAUGUGAAUGACAAUUAUCCUGAGUUUCCGGAACCAAGUAUAGCGGUGGCAUUUUCCGAAAGUGCUGCAGCCGGGACAAAAUUAUUGCUCGACGCUGCCACCGAUAGGGAUUUAGGAGAAAAUGGUAUCACCAAUGAUUACAGAAUAGUUGAUGGUGAUACCGAGGGGAAAUUCCGUUUGAACGUAACCGUGAAUCCAAGCGGUCAAACGUCUUAUUUACACCUGGAGACAACGGGAAAGUUAGAUCGAGAAACCACCGACUUUUACAUUCUAAACAUAUCGGCGCGCGAUGGUGGGAAUCCACCAAAAUACGGGUAUUUACAAGUGAAUGUUUCUAUUUUGGACGUUAACGAUAAUCCUCCGAUAUUCGAUCAGAGUGACUUUUCAGUGUCUCUAAAUGAGAGUGUACCGCCGGGAACUACAGUUUUAAAAGUUACAGCCACGGAUAGUGAUUUGGGUGAUAAUAGUAAAAUUACAUACGAAGUGACCGAUACGGAGAGACAAUUUGCAGUGGAUCCUGAAUCUGGAGUGAUCACAACUACAAAGAAGUUAAAUUGCCCUAAGUAUUGUAGUAACACUACCUGUAAUAUGACUUGCGUUCUUACUGUUAUCGCAAAAGAUCAUGGUGUGCCGCGUCAAGAUGCACGGACCUACGUCACUGUCAAUCUUAUAGACGCCAAUGAUCACGAUCCUGUAAUAACUUUCACGUAUGUUCCUCCAACUGCCAACUUUGCCACUGUUGAUGAAAAUGCUAAAAAUGGUUCCCUUGUGGCCGCCAUUACUGUGACUGAUUUAGAUGCAGGUUUAAAUGGUAUUACUAGCAUAAGCAUAGUUGCAGAACUUGCUCCUUCCGGAUCAUAUGUGGCCAGUAUUACUGCUACUGAUGAAGAUACAGGAGUUAAUGCGGAAAUAUUUUAUGACUUCUAUGAUGGUAACCAACAGCAAUGGUUCACUAUUGAUCACUUGACAGGAUUGGUUACUACAAAGUCUAUUUUAGACCGCGAAAUUCAAGGAACCGUUGAACUAAAUGUCUCGGCAAGAGAUGGUGGACCUAACCCUAAAUGGGCAUACACUAGACUGAAGGUAACUAUUCUAGAUGAGAAUGAUGAAGCACCGUGCUUUUCACAGCCACAAAUCAAUGCUACAUUACAUGAAAACAUCAAACCUAUAAAGGAAAUACUAAUUUUGACUGCGUCUGAUUAUGAUCAAGGUACCAAUGGGUCAGUAUCAUAUUAUUUACCUUCAAGCAUAGAGAGAAAAUAUCCUAACACUUUCAUAUUGGAUCCCAUUACAGGGCAGCUUAGUACAGUGAUUGAAUUGGAUAGGGAAAAGAUACCUCUGUAUGAAAUUCAAGUACUGGCAAAAGAUCAAGGUUUUCCACCACAAUCAUCUACUGCUACAAUAUUACUGAAAGUUCUUGAUGUUAAUGAUAAUGAUCCAAUGUUUUACCCUCAAAGAUACAUUGAGAGUAUCAAUGAAGAUUUGCCAGUUGGAACAAAUGUUUUACAAGUUAGAGCAUUGGAUUUGGAUGAAGGUGAAAAUGCAAGAAUUAUGUUUAGAUUAGAAAGCGGCGGAGACGGCUAUUUCGAUGUAGAACCUUGGACAGGGAAUGUAGUGUUACAAAAAGAUUUUCGAAAAGCUCCAGAAACUGUUUACACGCUCAAAAUAUCCUGUAAAGAUAAAGGAAAUAGACGAGCGUUUGAAGAUGCUAUAGUAGAAAUAGUAAAAACCUCUCAGCGUAAGAAUCUUCAAUUUGAUGGCUAUAACGGAUAUACUUUCAAAAUUUUGGAAGAUGAAGGCACUUCAAAGCCAGAUAUUGGCCGUUUUGUGGGAAAAGUUAGUGCUAGAAUUUCUAGUGAUACAAUAUCAUAUUUUAUCUUGGAAGGAGAUGUCAAACAUGUUUUUAAAAUGGAUGAAAAGACGGGUGUGAUAACGACGGAUUCUAAUGUUGACCGUGAAGACAAAAUGACGUAUCACUUGAAAGUGAUGGCAAAGACAGGGGUUGCUUUCGGUUUUACAACUGUGAACAUAUCAGUUUUAGACGUCAAUGAUAACUACCCAGUAUUUAUUGAAGAUAAGGAUGAAAUUCAUAUCCCUGAAAAUAUGGCUGUUGGACAAGAAGUUUAUUUUGCCAGAGCUACAGACCGUGAUUCAGGUUCUAAUAGAACAGUUUUUUAUACGCUCAGUUAUAAUCCUGAAAAUAAUUUUAGGAUUUCAGAAACCACAGGAGUUAUUUAUUUGAAUAAGCCAAUAUCAAGUGAACCAGGCUCUGUCCUUUUUAUCGAGGUGACCGCUACUGAUAACGGUAGUCCAGCCCUUGCCUCAAAGCAUUCCAUAUCAGUGGUUAUUGAUGAUGUCAAUGAUCAUACUCCAGUAUUUGAUCACACAUCUUAUGAAACAUCUCUGCUUGAAUCUACUUUAGUAAACACAAGAUUUUUUGCGAUAUCGGCAUCGGAUGCCGAUCUAGGACCUAGUGGUAGAAUUUCAUAUUUCAUCGCUGAAGGAAACACUGAUGGCAAGUUUGGUGUAUUUCCUGAUGGUUAUUUGUAUGUCAAAAGUUUAUUGGAUAGAGAAGAACGUGAUUACUACUCAUUAACGAUAAUAGCGACCGACCAUGGUAAACCAGCAAGAUCGUCACAAGUGCCAGUCGUUAUUCAUGUUCUCGAUGAAAACGACAACAGUCCACAGUUUACAAAUACUACGUUUAUAUUCAAAAUUAAGGAAAAUGAGCCACCAGACACUUUUGUUGGAAAAUUAACAGCUACAGACAGGGACAUCGGUCGUAAUGCGGAGUUGACGUUUUCUUUACCUAUUGCUCAAAAUGAUUUUAGAAUUGAUUCAAGAAAUGGAUUUAUUAAAACAUUGAAAUCAUUUGACAGAGAAAGCUUGGCACAAAUCACGGGUCAGAACUACAUUACAUUAACUGUGACUGUUAGUGAUAACGGUAAAGUUAAAUUGUCGGAUUCCGUAAGAGUUACGAUUUACAUAACAGAUGUCAAUGACAACCCGCCUGUCUUUACGCGCACUCCGUAUAAGGUUGAGGUAUCCGAAGGUGCCGCUGUGGGAGCUUCUAUUAUGCGAGUCUACUCCACAGAUGCAGAUGAAGGUCUGAAUGGUGACAUUUACUAUAAACUGAUUGGAGGUGACGAUUUAGGAAAAUUCGCUUUAGACGAAGCCACGGGACAGUUACUUAUCAAUAAGCCAUUAGAUCGUGAAACAAUGGAUCACUACAAGCUUACAGUAUUGGCUCAUGAUUCCGGUCAGAUUGUCCGUUUAUCAGCUACAACGACAAUCACAGUAAAUGUAUUAGAUGAAAAUGAUAAUGCACCAGUGUUUACUCAAACACAAAUGAAAGUGUCCGUUCUUGAAACCGAGCCAGUAAAUAAGAAGAUAAUUCAGUUUCAUGCUACCGAUGCUGACUUGGGUAUAAACCGGGAGUUGCAGUUUUCAAUUACGUCAGGAAACAGGAAGGAAGCUUUCUUUAUUGACAGCUAUUCAGGUGAAUUAUUUUUGCAUAAGCAAUUAGACUAUGAAGACUUGACUUCAUACGUAUUGAAUAUUACGGCCACAGAUAACGGGAAUCCAAGCUUAUCAUCCAGUAUAUUAUUUACUGUAAAUGUAAUCGACGCAAAUGACAAUGCACCUAUAUUCACCAACACAGCUAUUGUACGACAAAUUAGAGAAGGUAUUCCGAAGCACACUCCCAUAGUGACUGUCACCGCAGAGGACCCAGAUUCUGGCUUAAACGGCAAAGUUUAUUAUUCGAUCACGCACCAAGACCCUAAUGACAGCAAGCGGCACUUUGCCAUAAAUAACAUAACCGGGGUCAUACAUACCUUAUUGCCUAUUGAUAGAGAAAGUAUUGACACGUUUAGAAUAACUGUCGUCGCGUAUGAUAGAGCCGAGCCUCCAUCAGCGCGGUUAUCUGCUGAGAAAUUAGUUACUGUAAUCGUUGAAGAUAUUAACGACAACGCUCCAGUUUUCGUAUCUAUGAAUGCAGCCGUGAUCAACACCGAGCGACUAGGAAGAAGCGCAGGCCGUGGAAUAUUUAUUAUGAACGUAUUAGCCCGUGACUUAGAUUCAGGAACAAAUGGAUUGGUCACUUACAAGCUUAUCCACGGCGGCAAUGAUCUAUUCGAUCUGCACAGAAGUAACGGGGCAUUGACUUUACGUUAUCCUCCGGCGACACCAGAGGCACGUUGGAAUUUGGUCAUAAAGGCUACGGAUGAGGCUGUUUUGAGUGAACAAAAAAGUACUGAGGCCUACCUCACGGUGAUUAUGGGGGGUUCAGAGCUACAGGGUGUCACUUGGACUAAUGUAGGGUCGGUAUCCGUGGCUGAAAACGAACCCGCGGGUACAGCAGUGUUAAACUUGACUAAUAACUAUAAAUCCGGUUUAGAAUAUUACAUAGUGAAUGUGACUGGUGAUGGUAGACAAGUGGACAGGUUGUUUGACAUAGAUUCGUCACUGGGAAUAUUAUCAACGGCAGUUUCUCUGGACCGAGAAGCUGGUGUGGAUCGGUACGAGGUGGAAAUAUGUGCAGUCUCGUCGGGGACACCUUUAAAAACGACAACAACCAAGGUGGAAGUUGUUAUCUUGGACAAGAAUGACAGUCCUCCGGAGUUCAAGAACAUCCCGGCUGCGUAUCUGGCAUCUGAGGACAUGGCUCCAGGUCAGCGGAUAGCGACUAUCGCAGCCGAAGACCCGGACACCAUCGGUAGCAUCACGUACAGCAUCCAGAACGACGAACCGACGCCAUUUUCCUUGGACUCUCAAACCGGACUAUUGACUCUAAAAGAUCCUCUGGACAGAGAAACGACUUCUGAGUACCAGGUGAUCGUGAGAGCAGACGACGGGGUCCAGUUCACGGACGUAACUGUUGUUGUUCAGGUCACAGACACUAACGACAAUCCACCAGUUUUCAAAGAAAGUGCCUACUCUUUCGAUAUUCCCGAAAAUGCUGCGAGAGGUUCUGUGGUGGGAACCGUUGCGGCCAUUGACCUCGACUCAGGACCCAAUGCCCAGCUCACUUACACCGUCAUAUCAGACUGGGCUAAUGAUGUGUUCUCGCUCAACCCUCAGACGGGGGUGUUUACCUUGACAGCUAGACUGGAUUAUGAAGAGACUCAACACUACAUUUUAGUAGCACAAGCUCAAGACAAUGGCCACCCAUCUCUAUCUGGCACCGUGACCGUCUACGUCAACGUGAUCGAUUUGAAUGACAAUGCUCCAAUAUUUGACCCCAUGAGCUUUUCGAAUGAAAUCCUUGAGGACGUCCCUAUUGGUUCAUCAGUGGUUACCAUCAGCGCUACUGACUUAGAUUCAGGUCUAAAUGGUAAAGUAACAUACAGCAUCAGCUCUGGCGAUGAAGGUCAGGACUUCAGUAUAGCUGAGAACGGUACAAUAUACACGGCAAAACUGCUGGACAGAGAAACAUUGCCGAUUUACAACCUUGUUGUCACUGCCAAAGACAUGGCGAUACCUCCUGAACCUCAACUUUCUUCUACAGUGCAGGUUACGAUACAACUAAAGGAUGUCAAUGACAUGGCCCCUGAGUUUGUUACACCGAACACAACAACAGUGUCAGAAAAUAUUCCACUUAACACCGUCGUAAUGACAAUAAAAGCAGUCGACAAAGAUGAAGGAAGAAAUGGAUAUGUUGAAUAUUUUAUGAAUCCAGAUCCAGAAAUCAAUGGUUAUUUUUCUUUGGGAAAUGUUGAUGGUAUUUUACGUGCGACAGGAAAAUUAGACAGAGAAUUGAAAGCAAGCUACACCAUUAUUGUUACUGCUAAAGAUAGAGGUGACCCACCUAAUGUAACAAAAUCUAAAAUAAAAAUAAAUAUUUUGGAUGAGAAUGAUAACAGUCCGGUAUUUGAUCCUAAGCAAUACAGUGCUUCUGUACCAGAAAAUGCCAGUAUUGGAGCCAGCGUCUUACAAGUUUCGGCUACUGAUAUUGAUGAAGGUGCAAACGGAAGAGUCAGAUAUUCUAUUGCUUCAGGCGAUGAAAAUAGAGACUUCAGUAUUAGUGAGGAUACUGGCAUUGUAAGAGUUGCUAAAAAUCUCAACUUCGAAAGAAAGUCCCGUUACUUACUUACAAUAAGAGCCGAGGAUUGUGCUAAAGACGAUGUCAGAUUCGAUACGGCUGAAUUAUCUAUUUCAAUUCAAGACAUAAACGAUAACCCACCCACGUUCCUUGAUUCACCGUACUUAGCGUACGUAAUGGAAAAUGUAAUUCCACCCAAUGGCGGGUACAUAAUAACAAUUCAUGCUUAUGAUGCUGAUUCACCUCCAUUUAAUAAUCAAGUCCGCUAUUUCAUAAAGGAAGGCGAUGCGGAUCUUUUCAAAAUAAACGCUUCGUCUGGGCAAAUUUCCUUGUUAAGAACAUUAGAUCGUGAAGCACAGGAUGAAUACACCCUUGCACUUGUAGCAAUGGAUACCGGUUCACCACCUCUUACUGGAUCCGGAACAGUAAAAAUUGUGGUACAAGACGUGAAUGACAACAGUCCUGAAUUUGAAAGACAAAGUUACAGAACUAGUGUCAGAGAAAAUUUACCUCCUGGAACUAUUAUUCUCAGUCCAAAGGCUACGGACAAGGAUGUAGGAAAUAAUGCUAAAAUAAGAUACAGUCUUCUUGGAGACAAAUCAGAAAGAUUUCAAAUUGAUUCUGCAACGGGUGUUAUUUCGACGAAUGAAACGUUAGACAGAGAAGAUUGGGAUGUUUACUAUCUGAUCAUAAUGGCGCAAGAUUCGUCGACCACUGACCCAAGAACGGCUACUGCUAACCUUACUAUAAUAGUCGAAGAUGAAAAUGAUAAUACGCCAACGUUUGCUCAUCCGGUGUACGAAGCUCACAUAUCUGAUCGGACUGUAAAAGGCGAUUUUGUGUUCGGUGUAAAAGCCAGUGACAAUGAUAUUGGCCUAAACAAAAAGAUUGUUUACGACCUAAAAGGCGAACAUCAAAAUUUAUUUUCAAUCAAUAGGGAAACUGGUGUGAUAAAAGCCACUGAAAAUCUAAUGAAAUUCAAAGAUAAAAUAGGAUCCACUUUCAAUCUACUUAUUAUAGCGACUGACAGUGGUAUAGUUCCAAAACAGAGCACUGCCGAGUUAAUACUUAUACCGAAGUCUGUGAAAAAUUUCCCGAAGUUUACAGUGACAAAUAAAUUGACAUUCACUUUCUCUGAAGAUACUCCAGAAGGCGUUUUAGUAACCAGAUUGUCAGCAACAUCACCCAAAAAAGGCCCAACUGGGUUAUUGCAAUAUGGAAUUGCUGGUGGUAACGUCGGUGAUGCUUUGAGAGUAGAACCAAUGAGUGGUGAAGUAUUUAUCACUGGAAAGGGACUCGACUACGAAACAAUGCCUCUAUAUGAAGUUUGGUUCGAAGUAAGAGAUUCUGAUAACCCACCCUUAAAAUCAUUCAUUGAAAUCGAAAUUAAAGUAACAGAUGCAAAUGACAAUCCACCAGUUAUUGAAAACGCUUUAUAUAAUGCAACAGUAUUAGAAGAAGAAUACCCACCGCAGUUGGUAAUUAAAAUAGAAGCACACGAUGACGAUUCAAAUGAAAAUGGUAGAAUAUCUUUCAAAUUAGUCAAUGACUAUGAUGAAACAUUUAGAAUCGAUCCAGAAAUCGGAGAAAUAUACACAAACAUUGCUUUAGAUAGAGAGUCAAUUCCAUUUUACGAAUUAAUCGUUGAAGCAGUAGAUCAUGGUGUACCACAACUAAUUGGAACGUCCACAGUAAUAGUUACAGUCUUAGAUAAAAAUGAUAAUCCACCAAGGUUUACACGACUCUUUAGCGUAAAUGUAACUGAAAACGCUGAAAUCGGGUCGUUUGUAAUUAGAGUUACCAGUUCUGAUCUAGAUACCGGUCCUAAUGCAAAUGCAACCUACAAUUUUGUUGAAAAUCCUGGACAAAAAUUUGUCAUAGAUCCUAUAAGCGGCAAUGUUACAGUUGCUAGACCGCUUGACAGAGAAUUACAAGAUGAAUAUAUUCUUAAAGUAGCAGCGACUGAUGGGGCUUGGCGUUCAGAAACACCUUUGACUAUCACAAUACAAGAUCAGAAUGAUAACGCACCUGAAUUCGAGUAUUCAUUUUACAGUUUUAAUUUCCCAGAACUACAACAGAAGAACAGUUUUGUUGGUCAGGUUAUUGCUACUGACAGAGACAAACAAGGACCUAACUCGAUCAUAUCAUACUCACUGCAACAGCCGUCUGAUUUAUUCUCAAUAGAUCCAGCUACAGGAGAGAUAUUAAGUAAAUUUAAAAUGAACUAUAAAAGAACAUCAGUCAAUUCUUCUCCAGAAAAUACAUAUUCUGUGGUCGUCGUAGCGACUGACAAUGGCAAACCACCUAUGUCCUCAGAAUGUUUGGUGACAAUAAACGUAGUGGAUGCUAAUAAUAAUGCACCUAAAUUCAAAGAACAUGAAAAGUUUGUACCUGUACCAAAGGAUGCUACAUCUGGAGAAAGGAUUAUCAAAUUAACAGCUGAGGAUAAUAUGGAUUUCGGUAUAAAUGCUGAAGUUGAAUACUUUAUAUCAGGCGGUAAUGGUACUGCAUACCUUACCAUAGACAAGAAAAGUGGCUGGAUCAUUGUUAGCAAACAAUUUUACUAUCUUGGCCAGUAUUAUGAACUAAAAAUAAAAGCCGUAGAUCGCGGUGUUCCUCCACAAUCUGAUGAGACAACCGUAAUAUUCGUUGUAACUGGUGAAAAUAUUUACAGCCCUAAAUUCACAGCUCUUAGUUAUCAGGUUAUUGUACCCGAAAAUGAACCAGUUGGUGCUUCUAUAUUGACGGUUAAAGCAAGCGACGAAGAUGAGGGACCUAAUGGAAUAGUGCGAUAUUCAAUAUCUUCUGGAAACGCAGGAGAAGAAUUCCAAAUCCAUCCCAUAUCUGGGGCUAUAAGCAUAUUACGUCCUCUUGAUUUUGAUACGAUCCAAGAAUACAGACUGAAUAUUACUGCAAAAGAUCUUGGUUUCAAGUCCAAAGAAGCUGUAGCAACUCUUACAAUUAUUUUGACUGAUAUCAAUGAUAAUGCUCCUCAAUUUAAUCAGACAAAAUACGUUGCAUAUUUACCAGAAAACUCGCCUGUUAAUAGUUUUAUAUACAAAGUUACAGCUAUUGAUAUCGAUUCACCGAAAAACGCCAUUAUAAAAUAUUUCAUAAAUAAUGAUAUGGCUUCGCUUUUCCAUAUUGACGUUAACACAGGAGAAAUAUUUUCCAAAGAAGUAUUUGAUUAUGAGGAAAAGAGAGUUUAUACAUUGGAAAUAAGGGCCGAAAACCCUGAUUCAAUAAUGCGUAACACAACUGAAGUAAUAGUAUACAUAACUGGUGUGAACGAAUACUAUCCAAAAUUCAAACAGCCCGUAUUUCAUUUCGAUGUUUCCGAGUCUGCUGAAGUUGGAGCGACUGUUGGUGUUAUUCAAGCCACGGACCAAGACAGCGGAGACGACGGCAUUAUAUUCUAUUUAUUUGUAGGUUCUAGUAACGAUAAAGGCUUUAGUAUCAAUUCACAAACUGGUGUAAUUCGAGUAGCACGUUAUUUGGACAGAGAAACACAAAACCGAGUAGUUUUAACAGUUCUUGCAAAAAAUUCUGGCGGUAUCCGCGGCAAUGAUACUGAUGAAGCACAAGUGAUUAUAUCUAUCCAAGAUGGAAAUGACCCACCAGAAUUUUUACGACAUUACUACGAAGCUACUGUAUCGGAAGGUGCUAGUAUAGGUCAAGAAGUUAUUCAAGUAAAGGCAGUUGAUAAAGACGUACGCCCGCAGAAUAAUCAAUUUAGUUUCUCAAUAAUAGGCGGCAAUACAAAUCAGGACUUCAAAAUAGAUCCACAAACCGGAGAAAUUGAAGUGGUUCGUCUAUUGGACAGAGAAACUUUGCCCAUUUAUACAUUGAUAGUUGGAGCCAUUGAUACAGGAAUCCCGCCACAGACUGGUACUGCAACUGUAAAAAUAACUUUGUCUGAUAUAAACGAUAACGGACCUAUAUUUGAUGCUUCUGGCUUUGAAGGUUCUGUUUAUGAAAACGAACCUCCUAAUACAAGUAUUGCUACACUCUCCGCAACAGAUCCUGACUUACCACCAAAUGGAGCUCCAUUCUCGUAUGCUAUCAUUGGCGGGAAACAUCAAAAUUAUGUCAAGGUUCAUAAGCAUACAGGUGUGCUUUUGACGACAAAGAAAAUUGACAGAGAAGAAACACCAACUCUAGAAGUGGUUAUACAGAUAGAAGAUAGCGGAAACCCAGUUAUGAAAUCAAAUUACACAAUAUUCAUAAAAGUGCUAGAUAGAAAUGACAAUCCGCCAACACCAAGAUCGGCCCACGUAAUCGUUUAUGCAUUUAAUAAUAAAGUUCCUCGUGGUAAAAUAGCCGAUGUUAAACCAAACGAUCCAGAUAUCGUAGGAGAUUACCGGUGUAAAAUUAUAAAAGAAUCAACAUCUGAAAAUACGCUCUCGCUUCUCAGUAUUAGAUCAGGAUGCAACUUAUACACAAAUGCUGUUAAGCCUGGACAGGGAUAUUCAUUUUCUGUCUCAGGAAAUGAUGGUGUUCAUAGGGACGUUGUAUCUUCUAUAAGUGUUGAAUAUUUUUCAUUUGAUAAUAAUACUGUUGAACAAUCUAUUACUUUAAGAAUACUGAAUAUGACUGCAACAGACUUUUUAACGCAUUAUUACAGAAGUUUACUAGAAAUUUUACAAGAAAGCCUAAAAAGCAAGGAAAGUAUUUAUUUGUAUAGCAUUAAUGAAGUUGAUGGACAUUUGGAUUUAACUAUAGCAACAAAAAGCAACCAUACUAUAUGGAAAAGAGAAGUGACCGAGAAGUAUCUUAAAGCAAAGGAAUUCCAAAUUACCAAGUUAUUAAAAAGUCAAAUAAUAGUAGCCUAUUUUCCAUGUGCUUCACAGAAAUGUAAAAACGACGGGCUCUGCACAGAUGCCAUUCGUGUUUUAGAUGAUACGAAAAUUAUAGAGAGCCCAUCACUCAUUUUAUCUUCACCGUUAGUCAAACAUGAAUAUACUUGCCACUGUACGGAUGGUUUCAUUGGGAGCAAUUGCGAAAAACGUCAAGAUCCAUGUUCUCCGAACCCUUGUCGCUUUGGAGGAAUAUGUCGAAAACAGGGCCAUGACUUUACGUGCACUUGUCCAGCCCGAAGAGAUGGUAAAACUUGUGAGAUGGAAAGAGAUGACGUGUGUAGCAGUAACCCAUGUAAAAAUGGAGGAUCUUGCAAGGAAAGCGCUGAUAGAAACUCAUUCUUUUGCUUAUGCCGACCUGGGUAUCGAGGUAAUCAUUGUGAAGCGUUAGUUGACUCUUGUCGUCCCAAUCCGUGCAUGCAUGGAGGAAUAUGCAUAAGUUUAAAGCCUGGCUACAAGUGCAGCUGUCCAAAUGGUCGCUACGGAACACACUGUGAAAGUACUACGUUUGGUUUUGGUGAACUAUCUUAUAUGCAAUUCCCAUCUCUAGACGCAUCCACCAACGACAUCACAAUAAUUUUUGCCACAACAAAACCAGACGCUCUGCUAUUAUAUAAUUAUGGUGGCCAGACCGGCGGCAGAUCUGAUUUUAUAGCUAUUGAAUUAUUGGGAGGCAAACCUGUAUUUUCAUUUGGUGGAGCAAGAACAUCGAUCACAUCAGUCGCCAUCAUGAAUUCAAAGAGGAAUCUCGCCGACGGUAACUGGUACAAACUGACAGCGACAAGAAAUGGACGUGUGAUUUCGUUGAGCAUCGCUACGUGUACAGAUCAUGGAGACGUUUGCACAGAAUGUGACCCUAGUGACGACUCAUGUUACGAUGACGAUACUGGACAAGCAGGAACGCUGAAUUUCAACAAUGAACCUUUACUCAUUGGUGGCCUUCACAAAGCAGAUCCUGUGUUAGAGCGUCCAGGACAAAUUCACUCCGAUGAUUUCGUUGGAUGUAUGCACAGUAUUACAAUCAAUGGUCGUCUGCUCAACUUGACUAACCCACUUAAGUCACGAGGAGUAGAGCCAAAGUGCGAACGUUCUGAAAAAGGUGCCUGUUUCAAGAAAGAUAUUUGUGGCUCAGGGCAGUGUUUGGAUAGAUGGAAAGCGAAUUUAUGCCAAUGCAAAGGUGAUUUAAUAUCUCCAGACUGUGGUGUUUCACUUCAAUCUAUUUCAGUAGCCGAAAAUGGUUUUGUUACAUACACAAUAUCGGAAAAACACAGAAGAAUGCAAUUAUUAGAAACAUUUUAUGGAGGUAACACUGGAUGGAUAAAAAAGAACAGCAAAGCUAUUGGCAAAGUCAUUCCCAAAGUCAACAGUCCAGCAAAGAGUUUAUCAUUCUUCUUUAAAACACACAGAAAAGAUGGUGUCUUAUUUUAUUCAGCAACUGACAAAUAUUAUACUGUUAUUGAGUUAUUAGAAGGAAAAGUUAGUUAUACCUCCAAACAGAACACCGUUGUAAAUAUGAGCCAAUCGGAACAAAGUGAUGUGUCCGACGGUACCUGGCACAACAUCACUCUUGUGUCGGUCGGAAGAAGUAUACGUUUGCUUGUUGAUAACAAGAAUGUGGGCGAAGAACUUGAUGCUGCCGGUGUCCAUGACUUUUUGGAUCCCUAUUUAACAGUUAUUUCAAUUGGAGGAGUGAAAACUGAAUGGAUAACUACAGCCAGUCAAAAUAAGUUUGAAGGAUGUUUGGCAAAUUUUUCGAUAAACAGUGAGAUUCAACCAUUUAGUGGGAACGGCAGUAUAUUCAAAGAGACCACUUAUAGAGGCAAAAUAUUGAAUGGUUGCCAUAGUGCUUUUGGAGUUGGUGCCGCACAAAAUCAUCCGUUGCGUAUCGGCAUUACACUAGUAAUAGUGUUCUUCGUAAUUCUUUUAGUGGCAAUUUCAGUGUCAAUUAUCUUUUACCGACUUCGGAAGCAAAAGAAAGAAAAAGGGAAUGGGUCUGCUAACAAAAGUAACAUGGUACACUCAAAACAAAAUGGAGGUCCUGCCAUGUUAAAUGCACCAAAUUUAAUAGCCGGAACAAAUGACAGUUUAAUGAAUAGAAAUCUGCAUAAUAAUGACACAAGCCUAAAUAGUUACAUGUCAGAAAAUGCUGAUAUUACACGUAAUGUAGGCCAUAUUGUAGGUCCUGAGUUAUUAUCGAAGAAAUACAAAGAUAGAGAAAUAAUGAAUAUUGAUCCGCCAAGACCUCAACGCCCUGAUAUAAUCGAGCGUGAAGUGGUCGGAAAAAGUCCAGCUCUUAGAGAAGAUCAUCACCCACCUCCACCACCAUCGACAAAUACGUCACAUCACACACAUGAUCAUCCUAGUGGUAUGGACCUCAAUUCUGAAGUUCCGGAACACUAUGACCUUGAGAAUGCUAGUUCAAUAGCACCAUCUGAUAUAGAUAUUGUUUAUCAUUACAAAGGUUUUAGAGAAGCAGCAGGUGUUCGCAAAUACAAAGCUACCCCACCACCUAUCGCUGGCUAUCAUCAUAAGCACCAAACUCCUCAACAUCGUCAUUCACCACAUCAUCCAAGUGGAUAUCCAUCACGUGUGCCGCAGGCAGCCCAACCUCCUCCUCAGCCAAGACAACAUCAAACAACACCGCUUGCACGACUGUCUCCCAGCAGUGAACUCAGUCAACAACCAAGAAUAUUAACUCUUCAUGAUAUAUCUGGUAAACCGUUGCAAAGUGCCUUGUUAGCCACUACUUCAAGUUCUGGAGGUGUUGGUAAAGAUGCUCUGCACAGCAAUAGUGAAAGAAGUCUGAACAGCCCCGUUAUGUCUCAGCUAAGUGGGCAAAGCUCUUCAGCCGGAAGGAAAACACCUAGUGCACCGCCACAAGUUCCACAAGUGGUGUCUGUUGGCUCUGGCGCAGUGGGACUAACAGCAGAAGAAAUAGAAAGAAUGAAUGCCAGACAGCGGACUUCCAGCUUAGUUUCAACAUUAGACGCGGUGUCAAGUUCAAGCGAAGCGCCUCGUGGCGGAGGUGUUGGUCACCAUAUGUCGCAUAGGCAUCAUUCGCCUCCAGAUGAUAAUCGAAGUUCUACUGGCUCAGAUGAUGAAAGUGGGAAUGAUAGCUUUACUUGUUCAGAGAUAGAAUAUGACAAUAAUAGCAUUAAUGCUGAUAAAUUAGAGGAUGUGAGAAGACAGAAUGUUAGUAGUGGAAGUAAUCCCAAGAAACCUAUAUUACCACCACCAUACGAAAGUUUUGAUUCCUCAUUUCGUGGCUCGCUGAGCACUCUAGUCGCAUCCGAUGAUGAUUUAGCUCCACACGUUAGUUCCGCACUGUAUCGGCAGGCGAAUGGCUCCCCAGCGUCGGCAGCACUUGGUUGGGGACCUGCAGCCUUAGACCUGUUUAAUUGGGGACCAAAUUUUGAAAGCAUGAUUGAUGUCUUUAAGGAUAUAGCUGAAUUACCAGACUCUGUGAAUGGAAGAAUGUCUUCCUCUCUAAGACUGCAGAACGGGACCCCCAAACCGUCAGAAGAAUAUGUUUAAUGUUAAUUAGGAUGUAAAUAGGACUAAAUAAUUGUUUAAGGUUUUGUAAAAUAAUUGUUGUGACCUUGUAUCAAGGUCUCUAUAUUUUCUUGCCAUAUAUUGUUUAUAUGUUUUCAUAAUUAAUUGUGUGUCUUGUCAGAAAUUAUUAGAUGCAAAGAUGUAAACGUAGACAAUACAUUAUUUUGUGGCUUAGUACUGCAGAGAUGUAUUCAUAAGUGUCAGGUAUAUUUGUAACUAGUGAAUUUUUGAAUAUAAUACAAAUGACACACUAGAAUAGGCAUUUAAAUGAGUGACGGUAUUGUCUAUCGUCUUUUGGAGCUAGUUAUGAAAACCAAUGCGUUAUGAGAUGAGAAAUGUGGAAUGAAAAGUUUUACGAGUACCUACUUUUACUACUCCGACAUUGAUUUAUUACAGUUCCAAUUAGAAAAACCUCAUUGUAAAUAAUGUUUGUAAAUACUAUUAAUUUUAGAAUUUAUAAUAUCUUUUAUGUAAAUAUGAACAGUGAAAUAUUUUAGGUUCAAAUUACACAAAAUUCUAAGAGCUCUGACUG